AUGGCGUCCGUACCACCCCUCCCCCAAAAUCGCCCCUCAGACGCCGCCGCCCUUCUCUUCCGCUCCCCCUCCUUCUCACCCGGGAUCUCGCCUUCUUCGGCUGCCCGGCCGCGCAGGUUCCCGGUGGUUGCGUCGGCGCGCGAGAUGCCGUGGCCGCACGUGCUGACGGUGGCCGGCUCCGACUCCGGCGCCGGCGCGGGCAUCCAGGCGGACAUCAAGGCGUGCGCGGCCCUAGGAGCCUACUGCUCCUCCGUCAUCACUGCCGUCACCGCGCAGAAAACCGUCGGCGUCCAGUCACGUUAUGCCCGAUUCCCCAUCUUUUCUUUUGCUACUAGGGGUCCAUGCUGUGCCGGAGGAGUUCGUGGGGGAGCAGCUCAGGUGAAAACUGGGAUGCUCCCUUCAGCUGGAGUAGUUAAAGUUCUCUGCGAGAGUCUUAGGAAGUUUCCAGUCAAAGCUCUAGUGGUGGAUCCGGUCAUGGUGUCCACCAGUGGUGAUACUCUUUCAGGACCAUCUACUCUCGCUACAUAUAGGGAUGAACUGUUUUCUAUGGCUGAUAUAAUCACUCCUAAUGUGAAAGAAGCAUCUAAGUUACUUGGGGAUGUAUCAUUGCAUACAAUUUCUGACAUGCGCAAUGCAGCUGAAUCCAUUUACAAACUUGGUCCGAAAUAUGUGCUUGUGAAAGGUGGGGAUAUGCCAGAUUCACCAGAUGCAAUUGAUGUAUUAUUUGACGGUAAGGAAUUCAUUGAGCUUCGUGGUCUGCGUAUAAAGACUUGUAACACACAUGGAACUGGUUGCACAUUAGCUUCAUGUAUUGCUGCUGAAUUAGCAAAAGGUGCAACAAUGCUGCACGCUGUUCAGGUUGCAAAGAAAUUUGUGGAAUCUGCUCUUUAUCACAGCAAAGAUCUUGUGAUUGGAAAUGGACCUCAGGGCCCUUUUGACCACCUCUUCGAGCUCAAUUCUCCGUUAUACAAGAUGGGAUCACUGCAAAAGUUGAAUCCAGAUGACCUCUUCCUGUAUGCAGUGACAGACUCUGGGAUGAACAAGAAGCGGGGUCGUUCGAUAAAAGAUGCCAUGAAAGCUGCCAUUGAAGGUGGCACUACCAUUGUCCAAUUGAGAGAGAAAGAUGCCGAGACACGGGAGUUCUUGGAAGCUGCCAAGGCUUGUGUGGAAGUCUGCAAGUCCAGUGGAGUGCCGCUGUUGAUCAAUGACCGCAUAGAUGUCGCUCUGGCAUGCAACGCAGAUGGCGUCCAUGUUGGUCAAUCAGACAUGCCUGCAUGGGAAGUACGAGAGCUCCUAGGACCUGGAAAGAUCAUUGGCGUCUCAUGUAAAACCCCGGCCCAAGCCGAGCAGGCAUGGAAGGAUGGUGCAGAUUACGUCGGCUGUGGCGGUGUCUUCCCAACCUCAACGAAGGAGAACAAUCCCACCUUAGGGUUUGAGGGCUUGAGGACCGUCUGCUUGGCUUCGAAGCUGCCCGUGGUCGCCAUCGGCGGCAUCAAUGCUGGAAAUGCAGCUUCGGUCAUCGAGCUUGGGUUCCCAAAUAUGAAAGGUGUGGCUGUGGUCUCUGCUCUGUUUGACCGGGAAUGUGUCGCGACUGAGACAAGAAACCUCAGAUCCAUCCUGAAGAAUGCUUGCUCUAGAUCUCAGAGCACGUUGGCACGUUGGCACCUGUUCAUUUAA